AUGAAUAGUGCUGUGGCCAAGCCAAAUGAAACGGUUGCUCGCACGGGAGCCUGCUCACGGUCAGUAGGGAAUAGAAUCGGGGGGAAUGAUGUAAGUGUGUCGGAGAGGGGACAGGGAGAUGACACGGUAGGGAGCGGCAUAGAUGUGGUAGCGGCUGCGGAAACGGAGCAUAGCGCACGACACGGGAGAUUCGGACGUUUGUCAACAUACGAGUCGCCGGCAAGCGCAGUAUCCAAGUUCCGGCCGAUUCUAUCCAAGCAACCCGUGGUUGAAGAGACCGUAUGGAGACAGCAUGCGGAAACAAUCGCAAGGUCGUUGCCCAGAAGACCUCCGCGAGGCGGCUUGCGGUCUAACAGAGCACGGAAGUCUCAUGAUACGGCCAAUAGUGGAGGUUCCGCGCGACAUCCGCCAUCAGGCCAGCUUGAGAAUGGAGAGCUUGGAGGGACGGGGGGGUUUGCUGGACCGGGAACGUUGGCAUGGCGGCCCUCCUCGCUCAGGGAACAUGGCGCGCCGGAGGCGGCGAAUUCUGAACCCCCGCUCUUUCGUCGACACUGUUUGCCUCAGGAGAGGGGUCCUGAAGAUGAUGAGCAGGGCGAUACGGCGGUGGUUAGCGGUGCUUCGCACCUUCGAUGGAAUGCGGCAACCACGGUCCGGCCUACCGACCCCAAGCAAUUAACGUUGGACGAUAUUGGGCGCAGCGACCAAGCGGCAACAGCAAUUGCACGAGGGCUGUCUAAGAGAUGUCGGCGACGCGGUCGGCCGCCAAAGAGAAGACCGGACGCGAGCGGUGCCUCCAAUACAGGAGGCACGGGGCAGCGUCCAGUGUCGACUCGCGUACAACAUGAUGCCGUGGCCGAGCUAGCGGACGCUUCGCUGAGCGGACAGCGUCUGCAGCCAAGAGUGGUGGGUGGCUCAUUGCGGGCGGCGGUUGCCGUGCGGCCCAACGAGAGCCACGGAGGAGAUGAGGUCGGAGGUGUCGCGGCUGCGGUCGUUCCAGAAAAGCGUCGGCGCGGAAGGCCUAUAACGAGGUCAAGGCCUCGGAAUGACGAUGUUGGCCCGUGUCCCGCGCGAGCCAUCCGGCCCAGGGAGAUGGAGGGUGCAGCGGGGGAUGCCCAUUUAGCGGAAUGGUCGCUGCCACGACCACUGCGCCGAGCUGCUUCUGGAGAAGCAGAUCUGCCACGGCGAGACGAGGCCAUGGAGUCGACGCUGCUCGGGCGGUUGAGAAAGAGAGCUUGCUAUUCCAGGAGAGAGCAGCCCCCUGUGAAACGGAUCCGAACUGGGAUCCGGAGGCAGAGGAGGCGAGAACUGCAAGCGGAAGAUCUGGCCAGCGUCUUGCGCUCCUUGGAGGAGGAGUUUGCCGUGAAGGAGAGCCUGUCCAACAAGGAGACUUGUUGUGCGCCAAUACCGCACGAGAGGAAGGUGUCGACUGUGAGUGACUUCUACAAAGCGUUCCACGAUGCGAGCACUUUGCCGAUACGGACCUGCGGGCUGUGCUACCGUAAGCGCGCGAAAAAAGAAUUGAGAGAGGCGACGUGGAACCAAUGGUUGUCGAGCUGCAUCGAUAAGGGCGGCCGCUCGCCGUUUUCAUGCCGGCGCUGCUUUCCCGAGGGCGAGACCGUCUCGGUCUGUGUGGAGUGUGUACGUUUCCUGGCGCAUGGGAGCCUGUCGCCAGCGGCCCAGCUUCACAGCCGCCUUGGCUGUGAGCACAUGUUUCCCGACGAGCUCAAGGGUCUGACGCUGGUCGAGGAGAAGCUCAUCGCGCUGAAUUCGUGUUACGGGUUCGUGACGAGGUAUAGCAUUCCGGGCGGCCACAGGCAGGCCGUGAGGUAUCCGAGGCACGUCAAGGGCCACAUCACGGUGUUCCCAAACAAUGUGCAGGAGCUGGCCACGAAUGUGCUCCCCCAUCCGCUUGUGCGAGUCAUGGACGAGAUCCACGUGUCGUGGCAGGGCGCGGAAAAGCCGGGACCGAGCGAUCUUUCAAGCCUCCUAUCGGUGAGGCGGCGAGUUGUUGAGAGGGCCCUUGUCUGGCUGAAGAAGAACAAUCCACACUAUGCCGAGAUCGAGAUUGACGCGGCAGAGAUGGAGAGUUGGGGAGCCCCGCCGCAUGGGGUGCCGGCGUGUGUGUACGAUCGCAUGGAGCGGAACGAGCCGUCGGCGUGGGAAAAGACACGAACGGCGCAAGUCGUGCCGCCCACGGAGCGCGCUAUGGACGACGAGGGUUCGGUGGAUAUCGAGGAAAUCCUCACCGCGCUCAAUCAAGGAGAAAACUCGCCUAGAUGCGAGACUGGAACAGCAGGGGAAAACAAGGCAUACGAGUCUCCGGCUGAAAGGGACGCUGAGCCUGACCAGACGGUAAAACCGAUCAACGAGGUCACCUCGUCUGGAAUGUUCGCACUGGACGGACCGCCAGAUGUAGCGGACGCCGAGAAAUUGCGGUUCGCCUGCGACGCUGUCGGUGAAAAUGAUGACGACGGUCGUAUGGGCCCGAGAACGUGGGUUGGAUCGUCGGGAGACAGCCGGCGAGGGUAUGCCGAUGGCUCUGAGCCGUACAUCCAUCCUCGUUCUUCGCGAAGACGUUCCCCACGCUACUACCUUUCGGCUUUGGGGGCCCACGGCUGGCCGAAGAAGCCACGUUGGAGCCGGGAAGAGGUCCCGAUGAUAUCCUUGGAGCAGAGGCGGUGGCGCGAGGCCUCUUGUCAUCUCGAAACAUGA